AUGCAGUUGCAGUCUCUAGGACAACAGCGAGGACAGCGAUUCAGCGCUAUCUACCACGCACUCGUAGUGCGAGUCGUUGCGCUCUGUCUCUUGGUCGCUUUUGCGAGUUUAGCCAUCAGAGCCAGAGCAGCUACAACCCAGGCUGCUCUAAGUGGUGAACUUGCUGCAUUUGGCAUUGAUCUGGGUUCAGAGAACGUGCGCUUUGCAGCGAGUCAAGCUAUCGCUGGAAUCCAGGUUCUCACAAACGAGCAAAGCAAACGAGAGACACCUGCUUUGAUCGCUUUCGUUCCGGUGAGCGAUGCACGAAUAGAGCGACGGUUCGGGGAGGCUGGAACAAGCCCUGCGUAUGGUCGCUGGCCGGAGUACGCCGUCCGAAGCGUUCGUCGACUUUUCGAACGAGGAAACUGCUCUGCUGGUACGGAUCGGGUCGUCACGCUCCAUGACCAACGAGUCCAGCCGCAUCGUACGUGUCAUGUUCAACUCGGAGGUCGCCAAGACCUAGCUUUCACCGAUACGGAGCUCGCCAGCAUGCUCUUUAGGUACGUGCAGCGAAGAGCGUACGCGGCAAUAAGAGCUACAGGCGUAUCAUCGCGUGAACAGAGCACCACAACGCCGGCACCUGAGGAUGUCCUCGGCACGGAUGCUGUCCUGACAGUGCCGAUAUGGUUUCGGCAGUCCCAACGGGCUGCUUUAGUCCAUGCUGCGCAACUCGCAAACUGGAAUGUGCGUGGACUCGUGUCGACGCCCCUGGCUGGAGCGAUUCGGUUCGCUCUAGAUCGAGAGGUCGAGCAACCCCAGACCGUUCUGUUCGUGGACAUUGGGGCCCAGGGAACCACUGCUGCCCUCAUUCGCUUCACUCCUGCAAAUGACAGCGCGUUUAGAUCCCAGACUGGCGGCGGGCUUGCUCCCAUCCAGGAAGUGGAGGUGCUCGGCUACCGGUGGCAUCCUGAGGCAGGUGGCGCUGCCCUCGACGAGUGUCUCGUCGAGGACGUGCUAUCGCGUUUGCGAGCACAGUCGCUUUUGGCGCCUUCGAUAGAUAAUGACGAACGUUUUCGCUUACGCCUUUCUAGAGAAGUCCAUCGUGUGCGGGAAAUCCUCAGUGCGAAUCAAGAAGCGUUGCUCACAGUGGAGCUCCCGACCGGCGAAGAGCAUCAUCUGCUCGUUACGCGUGCAGCCUUUCAGCAUGCCUGCCGCAACGUGUUCGAGCGCAUCGCCGCCCCGGUCCAGCAAGUGCUUGCGGAUCACCGUGUGGGGACCGAUCAGCAGCCGCUGCAUGCUUUGAUCCCUCUGGGUGGAGGUUCACGGACCCCAGCUAUUGCUGAGGAAAUACAACGGCUCGUGCCGGGUCAUCUCUGGCGGAAGACAGUGAACGCCGAGGAGGCAGCUGUAAUGGGAGCCGCCUUCUAUGCCGCCGCGUUGUCGCCAUUCUUUCGGGUGCGUCCGCUGGUCCUCUCAGAUGUGUAUCCACGGCCCUGUAAGGUCUGCGUAGCGAAUGCGUCGUCGAAGGGGCCACCCUAUGAUCGAUGCGUUAUCGUGACGCCGCGAAUGAACAGCAACACCAACCAUAUCCUCCAGGUUCGGAUGCCUGUGACACGCUUCGACACGGAGCUCUAUUGGUUCGAGGCAGGGAAUGCUGCGAACUUUUGGGAUGACGCCGCACUUGUGUCGCACUGGAACCUCGAGAACAUGUCCUUGGGCCAAGAUAACUAUCCCGCGGAAUUGGAGCUUGCUUUUGAGAUUGAUCCGCUCACUGCACCGGUUCUCAAGCGUGCUGAGCUUUAUGUGCUGCAGAUGCCACACGCUCACGCAUCUGCAUCGAACACCAUGCACCGAAAGGAUGAAGAGGCGUCCACAGCGCCGCCCCAGCAGCUCAGUAACGCAGGUACGGAGCAACAGCCACAACAGCGGGUGCGCGGACGCGGGUCAGGCACCGGCGCUGCGGCAGCCCCUCGGGGCUCAGCCUCGACUGUGCCAACCGGCGAGGCCGAGACCGAGCCCAGCCCAUCAGUGGUGCCUCGUGGGCAGCGUCACUCGCUGCGGGCAACAAUGCUUUACUCUGUAUGGACAUUUCCGGAAACGAGCGCGAAAGCGUCAAGAAUUCGUUUGGAAGCUUUGGAUGCUCUAGAUCGCGAACGCGAACGGAGCGCGUACCUGCGCAACGCUCUGGAAGCAAUGACUCUUCGACUGCAUGAAGAGUUGGCCUUAGGUGCCCCAUCUGGUACAUUGAGCAAGCUCCCAGCGCGCUUGUGUCUCGAGCCAGAGCGAAGCCUCAUUCUAGAGCGUCUGCAUCAAGUGGAAUUGCGAAUUCACCAAGAAUCCAGUGCAGCGCUCGCCGUCAACGACUUGGAACAACUUCUCUGGUCGCUCGAAAAUGCAACCAAACCAGUUUAUGCCCGGAUGGAACGUUACCAGAAGACCCUUGAAAUCCUGCAACAGCUGGAACAGUGGAUUCGCCAGCACCAGAAGGAUGCACUGCAGCUACGAAAGGGUAGAGGGGUCCAGCGGAAACCCCCCGAUAUGCAGGAGCUUUUGGCUCGCGUUACACAUCUCGCAGAGCAGUUGCAAGCCCAACCGUCCGCAGAAUUGGUGGAUGCUGCUGAACAGCAAGCGCGCCUCUUUUCGGAACAUUUCGCCACGGCGCUGCUAUCCUUGAACCAGACACAGGCAGAGACUUUUACUGCGCCGCUGGGAUCGCAGACGAAAACCGGGCAGACCGCUGAGCCGCCCAGCAGUGCAACGCAAACCGUAGCUCCGGAGCACGGGAUGGAUCACACAGAACUGUAA